GUUUGCAAGGGCUGGGCUCAUUCCGAUCUGAUAAGAGCCUAGGUCCGAACUCCGAGCGAACAUUGUAUAUACUGUACGCGGAACGUGCCACAGCUUAUUGGAAUUAUAUCUUAUCUCGCUUGAACGUAUUCGUUAAUAUGACACAUUCCAAUGACCCCGAGAAAGCUGUUGAUGGGAUUGUCGGUGGUUCGGCUCCUGACAUGCUGAAAACAAAGUAUGGAGUGGGCGACGGCGAAGACCCGGAGAUAACAUCUUCGACCACUGACGGUACUAACAACCGUCUGAUGCGGUUGAAAGAUGAGUACGGAUCAACAUGGGCGUCGCCCACAGACCCCUCCGAUCCUUACAACUGGCAAACUUCACGCAAGUUCACCAUGGGAGUCAUAUUCUCCUUCGGCCAGCUGAUACCCAUAAUGUCGGCAAGUAUGAUUGCACCGUCGCUUCCUGCCAUUGCUUCCGAUCUCGCCAUCAGCGCUUCUACCGCCCAGAUAACCAUGUCGGUAUACUUCCUUGGCAUGGGUAUCGCGCCGUUCUUGAUCGCAAGCGCCAGUGAGAUAUGGGGCAGGAAGCCAGUCUGGCUGAUAUGUAACGCUUGGUAUGUCGCCUGGAAUACACUUUGUCCCGUGGGAAGGAAUACUGGCUUGAUGAUCGUUGGGCGGUUCAUGACAGGAGCUGGUGCAAGUGUGGGCGUAACACUCAAUGGGCCAGUCAUGGCAGACAUGUACGGCGAGAACGAACGCGGCAAAUCCCUGGCCAUGGUGACCUUACUACCCUUCCUCGGCCCUGCUCUCGGACCAAUCGUUGGCGGUCUCGUUACCCAUUCCAUCCACUGGUCGUGGGUCUUCUGGAUUAUGAGUGCUUUCAACGCUGUCGUCCUGAUCGUUGGGUUCUUCGUGAUUCGCGAAUCAUACACACCAGUCUUGCUACGUCGCAAAGCCUUAGCCGAGGGUGCUAACGUCCUAACCGUCAAAGCUGAGCGUGCUCGCAUUGCGCAGAAUCUCCUGCGUCCAAUUCGCAUCUUUAUUACAAGGCCUAUCACCUGGCUCAUCUCACUGACCGCGACCUUGUCUUUCGCCGUCUAUACCCUUAUGCUCGCUACUUAUGCGUCGCUGUGGAUUGACAAAUACGGACAGUCUGAGCUUGUCAGCAGCUUGCAUUAUCUAUCGAUUGCAACAGGCUCGACCCUAUGUGGUCAACUGGGCGGCCGAAUCAUGGACUGGUCGUAUCGAAAACAAGCUAAACGGACUGGUGGGAAAGGCGUCCCUGAGUUCCGCAUCCCUUAUAUGGUUCCAGGAAUGAUCAUCAUGCCGGCCGGUCUUUUCUGGUAUGGCUGGUCGGCUGAACGCACACUCCACUGGGUGAUCGUCGACUUCGGUGUUGCCAUCUUCACGCUGGGAAGCUUCAUCGUAAACCAAGCAAGCAUCGCAUACCAGAUUGAGGAGUUCGGCCAGUUCGCAGCUUCCUCCGGUGCAGCAAUCCGCUCGGUUUCGUAUGGCCUUGCAUUUGUCUUCCCGAUUUUCGCACCCGACAUGUACAAAAGCCUGGGAUAUGGUUGGGGUAAUAGUACAUUGGGUCUUGUCUCGAUUGGCUUGGGAUUUCCAGCGUGUGCGGUUCUGUGGUUCUGGGGCGGUAGGAUAAGAGCUGUCGGCAAGUCAAGCUGAGCACAGCGAUUGACUAUACAUGUCAAUGGAGCAUAAUGGCGUGACUGAGGAUGUUGAAAAUUGGCUGCUUUGAACGAGACCUGCACUAUAAGAUACCUAGGUAGAGUUGGGGAGAGUCCAUGUCCGAAAAGAACGCGUCGCAAGGUCCACUACCUAGGUAGUUAUGGCGUCAUUGCCGCAUGGACUCACGCCACGCUUGAGCAACUUCGAUAUCUCGCCUAGCAGGAAGCCUUCGAAUGCACCAUCGUCGAGCUGCCGAACAUCGACUUUGACGAUUCCGUUCUCUCCAUAACCCGCGUC